CUUCAAUCCGCGUGUUCGACUCGAGUCAGCGGUUAAAAUUCGGCGUGGUCAUGGUGUUUGGUGUUUGGUGGCGUUUGGCAAGGUCUCUCGGUUGCGUCGUUGGUGACGUUAAAAUAGCACUUGCAAGAGUAAUUUAAAACAAUACGGCGAGAUGGCUGCCCGCUCAGUGCUGAAGUAUCUGAAACCCAAGGCCGUGAUAUUUCAGAGCCACCGAUGUGCCUCGUUGUCCGGUUUCGACAUCCAGCACAAAACUCCGACCAUCAGAAAGGUGAUGCCCAUACCGAAGGCUCACUAUGGUGGUAGGCACACGGUCACCAUGCUGCCCGGAGCUGGCAUCGGACCCGAGUUGAUGGGUUAUGUAAAGGAGGUUUUUAAGUAUGCUGGCGUACCGGUGGACUUUGAAGACGUCGAGAUCGAUCCUAAUGCGGAUGACAACGUCGAUCUGGAUUACGCGAUCACAUCGAUCCGCAGGAACGGAGUGGCUCUGAAGGGUAACAUAGAAACGCACAGCACUGAAGCUGGUGUCAUCUCUCGGAACGUCGCACUGCGGAACGAGCUGGACCUCUACGUGAACGUUCUGCACUGUGUCUCUUAUCCAGGCGUAAAUUCGCGUCAGAAGAACAUUGACAUUGUUAUUGUAAGGCAGAACACGGAGGGUGAGUAUUCCAUGCUCGAGCAUGAGAGCGUCAACGGCGUGAUCGAGAGCAUGAAGGUCAUUACGAAUUUUAACUCUGAGCGCGUCGCUCGUUACGCAUUUGAGUAUGCCAAGAGAAACGGCCGCAAGAAGGUCACGACGGUCCACAAGGCGAACAUCAUGAAACUGUCGGAUGGGCUCUUCUUAGAAAUUUCGCGGCGAGUCGCCAAGGAUUAUCCGGAUAUCAUCCACAAUGACAUGAUCAUCGAUAAUUGUUGCAUGCAACUCGUGUCGAAUCCGCAUCAGUUCGACGUUGUACUGACAACCAAUCUGUAUGGUGCAAUCGUGUCGAAUGUGGUGUGUGGAUUGCUGGGUGGUGCUGGUUUACUGGCCGGCAAAAACUAUGGCGACCACUACACGAUCUUCGAACCGGGCACUCGUAACACCGGCACCAGCAUCGCCGGUAAGAACAUCGCAAAUCCAAUCGCGAUGCUGAACGCCGCAGUUGACAUGCUGCGUCACCUCGGCCACAAGUAUCACGCUACCGUUAUUCAAAACGCGAUCAACAAGACCCUCAAUCAGGGGGUGCACACCCGCGACCUGGGCGGCACCGCAACGAGCAGAGACGUCGUUGACAAUAUUCUCAAACACAUUAAAAUUGCGACCGCUUAAGAAGACUGAAUUAUUAUUCUAGCCGAAAUCUCUUUUAGCAAAAUUAUCCGCGGAAUGUGGCGACAUAUACCAAGAAUCUUGUGUGAUUUCUAGUGAGAUAAUGUAAAGGAUAAUCAUACGACAAACUUAGUUAGGACAAUUGCGAAAUAAGAAAUCAUUCUCGAUGAUACUAAAAUUUUGUCUCUAUUGGCUGCGAAAUAUUUUUCCUUCAUGAAAUCAUUGUUCUGAAAUAAUCGGAUGAAUUUUGGCUUGCAAUAGAUCACAAACUCGCUCUGUAAUAUAUUAAUUGUUCAAUAACUUGUUCAAUAAUUGGAAUUUUGUAAAAAUACUGUACAUUGUAAGUAGUAGCAGUUCCUAUAUGCUGAGAAAAAAAGUUGUUAAUUUGAUUAAAUUUAACUUGAUUAAAUGUCUUUAAAUAUUUAUGUAUUUAACUUAAAUAUAUAACACAAUUCGACACAAAUUAAUUGUUAAAUAUAUAAAAUACUUGAGCUUUAAAUUAAAUAUUUAUUUAUUUGAAAUACAUAUACAUUUAAAUUGAAGAAAUUUAAUCAGUUGAAAAUAUAGCCAAAUUAACAACUUUCUUCUUAGUGUAGAUGAAUUUACCAAAUAUUAUCACUGUGAGAGUAACUUGUAUGAAAUGUAAAAUACUUGUUACAAUGUCUUAUCAUUAAAAAAAUACUCAUCGAUAUUGGGUAUGUAAGAAAGGUACGAUCAUGACUAAGUUGACAAAUGUUCGCCGCCUUAGUACAAUUUUAUCUAGUUAAACUGAAACUUUAUGACACAUAAUGUAAAAUUACACUUUAUUGUUAAGACACAUCGUUAUAUUGUAAAGUGUACAUACCGCUGCAUUCAUAAAUAAAAUGUAUAAAUUUA